ACAGAGGCGGGAAAUGGCGUCCAGAGGUGCGCGGAGGACAGAGGUGAACCUCGUCUGAAGAGACACGAACAAGAACAGGCGUCAGACUACCGCGGUCGUCGCUACAGCAACCGUGAAAUCGACUGUUAUCCAGAGACCCGAUCCCCCUGAGCUUCAUCCAUUUUACAUGUGACUCUCUACAAAAUGAGGCUGAGAAUGCGCAAGGCUUCUCAGCACCCAAACCUCGCUCGCAGGCCCCCGACCAAACGGAAGCACUCAGAGGUGGAGGGGUGCACAGGUGAAAGGACGGGCCUUCUGACCAGCAUCAAGAAAAUCAUCCACGGAAGUUCCGUCAAGGUAGAACAGGAGAAUCCAGCAAAGCGUAAUCGUUUGAGCUGCGAGCUGAUCACCUCCACACCGCAGAGGAACAACUUGCCUAGGAAACGCAUCUACAGAGCCCGUAGAAGCUGCUCCAAUGGAGAAACCACAAACCAUGACACGAGUAAGCCUGUCAAGCCUAAUGGGAAGAUGGAAGACUCUGAGGAGGUUUUGAGCAGCCCACCCCGCACCACCCUACUUGGAACCAUCUUCUCUCCUGUCUUCAGCUUCUUCUCACCAGCAAAUAAAAAUGGCUCAGAUUCCCCAGGCCAGGCAGUGGAGGCAGAAGAGAUUGUGAAGCAGUUGGAAAUUGAACAAGUAGAAGAGUUACCAGCCAGUACUGCCACAUCUAGAGAGCCCAUGGGUGUCUCUCUCUACACCAGUGCCAGGACCUCACACCUAAGGCUCCCACCCUCCACUCACACAUCUGCAGAUGAUGUUGAAGACACCCCACACUCUGACCUGCCACCUCUCACAGCUCCUGGCUCUCCUCCUCCAACAGGGGUGUAUGUGGACACCCCAAUGACUGUCCCAACUGAAGGAUCAUAUGAGGAGGAGUGGGAAGUGUUCGACCCGUAUUUUUUCAUCAAACAUGUACCUCCGCUAACAGAUGAGCAGCUAACUCGCAAACCUGCGCUCCCUUUGAAGACUCGCAGCGCUCCCGAAUUCUCCCUGGUGCUUGACCUGGAUGAAACCCUUGUCCAUUGCAGCUUGAAUGAGCUGGAGGAUGCAGCACUAACCUUUCCUGUCCUCUUCCAAGAUGUCAUUUACCAGGUUUAUGUGCGAUUGAGGCCAUUCUUUAGAGAGUUUCUUGAACGCAUGUCCCAAAUUUUUGAGAUCAUUCUCUUCACUGCCUCCAAGAAAGUUUAUGCAGACAAGUUGCUGAAUAUUCUCGAUCCGAAGAAACAGCUGGUGCGGCACCGGUUAUUUCGUGAGCAUUGUGUCUGUGUACAAGGAAACUACAUCAAGGAUCUAAAUAUUCUCGGUCGGGAUCUGUCCAAGACCAUAAUUAUUGAUAACUCGCCACAAGCCUUUGCUUAUCAGCUCUCCAAUGGAAUUCCUAUUGAGAGUUGGUUCAUGGACAAGAAUGACAAUGAGCUUCUGAAGCUGGUCCCUUUCUUGGAGAAGCUUGUUGAAUUGAAUGAGGAUGUGCGACCACAUGUCCGUGAUCGGUUUCGGCUGCAUGAUCUCCUUCCCCCUGACUGAGUGCUCCUAGUGGGACAAGACAGUAAUAAAGACAACAAAAGCAGAUAUGCUUUGGAUUACAACAUCAUUGCCAUUACUCUUAAAAUUAGCUUUUUUGUCCCACAUUUUCUUCACUAUGAUAACAUCAGAACAGUAAUGGCAAAUGUUUUUGACUCCUUUUUACCCUUUGUACCCUCUAGUCUGAGGGUUUUGAAGUGGUUGUGUGGUAUCUUCAGUCAUUUCAUCCAGUACAAAGUGAAUGUGUAGCAGUCAGAAGAGAAGAGGAUCAUGCUCAUGUCUUUUGGUGCUCCCAAUGGGAUUGGUUGACACUUGGGCUUUUGACCAAUUUCAACAGGAAUGGCCAGUAAGGAAAGCAUAUUGUUUGACACAAGUUAGUUCCUUGCGAUUGAAUGCCCCACCCCACCCAUUUUUUAAAUAUCCGGUAUGCAUUCCUCCAUCUCUUUUUGUUUCAAAAUAAUAGUUUCUAACUCCUGGCUUAUUUUGUUUGCUAAAAAUCAUCUUAGUAUUGUCUCGCCACAGAUUCUUACACUUUGUAAGAGCUAACAACAACAAAGAGAGCUUACAUUAGUUGUUAAUUAGUAGCACAUGUUAGGGUUUCAAAUACUAUAUCAGCUACUGUUACCUUUUUUUUAUAAUUUUGUAUUUUCUUAAAAUUGUUUUCAUACUUGGCCUGUGUAUUUUUUAUACUUUAGAUUUUUUUUUAUUACUGGUGUUAGUAAAAUAACCACAAUUGCAUUGUUUUUGUGUUGGAUUACAAACAAGUAUAUUCAUGUAAAAUAUUGGAGCUAAUGUAGCAUUACCCAGAGCUAAUCUAUUCUAACUGAACUGCAAAUGAAUGGAUAGAAGGUGGUAGCUUGGAAGGAGCCCUGUUUAAAUCACCAGCAUUACAACAUCAAGCGUUGUCGCUGUGGUUUAAACCUAACUGCCUUUAGUUCUUGCUUUUCUUCUAUACUGGGUUUCUGACAGGUUUUUGCUCUGUCAGGAAGUAUUUUGUGAGGUUAUCUUCUAGAUGAAUGAAUGUGAAUCUUAGUCUGGGGAAGAAUGAGAAAUAAAUAUACUGCAAAGAUCUUUUUUUAUUUUAUUUAUUCUCCUCCACCCCUCUCAUGUUGCCUUUUAAUUCCACAGUUGUAGGUGAUACUUCAGAUUUAGUAAAAAUACAGAGUAAGAGAAAAAACUACAGUAGUGUAAUUUAUGGUAACUAAAGCAGCACUAUGCUGCCAACCCCCCCUCAUUUUUUGCUGUAUGUCCCACCGUGCAUUUAGUUUUGUGUUUGACAUGAACAUAUUCACUUUCCUACUCAUGCCUCUGGUGCCAUUUCUGCUCUUCUUGUGAACAGUGUGCUUUUUAGUGCUGGGUCAUUAUAAUAGACAAUCACGGAUUACAUAAUUUGUCUACUUUGGAUUGUGACCAUGACAUAGUAAUUUGUUGCUUAUGUUGUUAGUUAUUUUAAUUUUGGCCUUUGGUUGAGUGUCUUUCUACAAAAAAAAAAAAAAUCUUCCUCUUAUGCAGUAGACAAAAUGGUUGGAUCCAUUUAGUGCUUUUUAUAUGAAUUAAAAAAAUUUAAUGUUAAAAUGUAUUUGUGUUCAUACUGUAAUUUUCAAUAUCCCAUAAUACUUCCAAGUUAUUUGAGAGGGGGGCACUGUAUUUUUAAAAAUGAAUUGGUAAUGUUUUUUUUUAAAUGGUUGCAUAUGGCAACACAGUAUGUAAUACAAAUGAGUAGCAUUUUAUUAGGGUAAAGUAUUCCUUCUCACUACAUGCAAAAUCUUCAAAAGAUGUUAAGUACCAAUAGUUUCUUAAUUCAAGAAUGAUAGCUCUGUUGUUGGGAGAUGGGUUGCAACUACCUUUUAGGGUCUGGCACUUUCUUGCAAAGAGAAUUAUUUUGUAUGAAUGUCAAAGAGCUUCAUGUUAUAAGUGUGAAGUAUGACGCAGAGGUUUGUUUCAUAUGAAAUCCCAGAUUAUUGUAAUGUACAUUUUUGUUUUUUGUAAAAUGCAUAUUGUACUAAAUACAUCCAGCUUCAUGAAAAAAGGAAAAUCUUUUUGUAUUUUUGAUUUUGUAUUCCAAAAGGCAUGUCAUAUCUAUUUUUCAAAUGUAUUCAUUUUCCAGUGUAUUAUUGCAGAUAUAAAUUGACAUCUGAUUUUUUUUUUUUUAAUUAUUAUUAUUAUUAUAUCUUUGUAUGUAGUUAUUACAAUCACGAAACAUUCUCAGCAUGUAAAAAGCCUGUCAUAUGACAGUUGAGAUUUUAAUCAAGGCACUUUUUGCAGAUGAAUGUUUCAGGUUUGUUUUAUUUUCUUUUAUACUUCACAUUUCAAAAGUCAUAUGGCUUGCAAUUGUUCUUGAGCUGCAUUGGAGAAACACUCUAGGUCUAAAUGUCAUUUUCUGAAACGUGUUGUUAUUGUUCAUAUAAUUGAAAUUAAGUCUUUGGAAAAUUGCAUGCUCUUUUCUGUUAGUGUUAUGUCAAAACAACAUACUUCAGAACAGAUGGUUGUAUUUCAUGUAUCUUUCUGCUACUUCAUUUUACCAUCAAAAGGUGCUUAAUAUCAUGGACAUUUUAGGGAUAUGAUAAUGACUAGUAUCAAUCUUGUGAGAUUCAUUCAGCAUCCUGAUAAAAGUUAACUGAAUGCCUUAAUGUACCUUGAUUGAGAGCAAGCUACGAUUAAUGCAUCUAAAAGGAGCCAAGCUCUUAAUCAAACUUUUAGUAUAAAAGUUCCUGGGGUUCCCACAGUCAAAGCCUGGAAAUAUCAAAGAAUUGUUUUUUUGUUUUGUUUUUUUAGAUCUGGAAGUCAUGGAAAUCAAUAAAAUCUUUA